CCGUGUUGUCAGCUGCUGCGAAAGACGACUGAAAAUAAGCAGCCGUGUUUGCGUCUUCUGGGUAGUCAAAUUUGCAUUUUUUAAGUAUUUGCUCUGGGCGCCGCGAAGAUGCAAGCGGUUUUUCCGUAAGCGAGAGCCUCGCCAGGAUAACGGACCGCUCGAACCUGCUCAGGUGGCAGCCGGUGUGUCCGCCAUGAAUGUGGGUACGGCACACAGCGAGGUGAACCCCAACACUCGCGUGAUGAACAGCCGCGGCAUGUGGCUGUCGUACAUCCUAGGCAUCGGCCUGCUGCACGUCAUCCUGCUCAGCAUCCCCUUCGCCAGCGUGCCCGUUGUGUGGACUCUUACUAACCUCAUCCACAACCUAUGCAUGUACCUGCUCCUGCACACGGUCAAAGGGACGCCCUUCGAGACCCCCGACCAAGGCAAGGCCCGCCUCCUCACUCACUGGGAGCAGAUGGACUACGGCGUGCAGUUCACCGCCUCGCGCAAGUUCCUCACCAUCACGCCCAUCGUCCUGUACAUCCUCACCAGCUUUUACACCAAAUACGACCGCGUGCACUUUGUGGUCAACACGGUGUCGCUGCUCACCGUUCUCAUUCCCAAGCUGCCGCAGCUGCACGGCGUCCGUCUCUUCGGGAUCAAUAAGUACUGACCGCGGCGGCCACGCUGCCAUCUUCUCGGAGUGCGUCCCCCAGAAGAGACGCCUGCGCAGAGGACAAAGCGUGAGAAUGUUGUUGACUUUCAGAUUGGAAGCGUUCGGACGGGAUUAGAUGCUAGUUAGCAUGUUAGCGUACGUUUCUCCGAUGAGCCGGUGGGGGUCGUCGGGAUCCUCUCCGCCCGGUACUGCCAGUAGAGGAGCUUCCCAGCAUGCAUCAGUGUGUGGUCCACUCGCUGCUACGCUCGCUUUUGUCGCAUUUCAUGUUGACAUUUCAUAUUUAUUAUUAAUAUUGUUGUUCUUGUUUGUUUCGGCGUACCUGCUGCCGCCAUUAAAAGGGCUGAAAUGGAAGAUUUGUUCACAAUGAAGGUUGUUAGCAAGUGGUCAUGUGAUCCUGUGUAAAAAUAUUAUAAAUAUAUACAGUAUUUUUCAAACUCA